AUGAAUGAUAGGGAUGAUGCGAAGAAGAAAACAUUUGCAGGACGUCUGGCACGCGAUGGACACCUUGGAAUUACCAUACAUUCGGUAACGGAUACCGACGCGGGCGUGUAUCAAUGCAUUGUCACAAAAUUCUCGAAACAACCAACAAAACCGGAAAAGGGACUCUCCGCAAAACUUGUUGUUAAUGGUAUGGUUCCAAAAAUUGAGCAAGAGUAAGAAAACAACGUCUUUUAGUUGCUCCAACCAUCACGUAUCCAAAGAACAUGGAAAUGAUACACCAGAAACCGGGAUCCGAUCUGACAAUCGAAUGCAAAGCGGAUGGUGCACCACUUCCCGAAAUAACCUGGUCGAGAGUGAGUUCAUAAGUACAAAGCUAACGAAAUGUCGUAUAUCAGAACGACCAAAUCAUCAGUACAUCGCCAGUACUCAACCUGAGCAACCUGGAAGAGGAGAAUAAAGGGGUUUAUACGUGCUUGGCAGUGAAUAUUGAAGGCAAUAGCACUUCCUCGAUUGAUGUCAGAUUCUCAAGUAAGUCAAAAAAGUUGUUCAAGAAGAAGUAUUCUAUUCAGGAGCUACCACACUUGACUUGGUUCCAUUGAACAAAACGGUGAUCGAAGGCUCAAACGUGUUCUGGCACUGCCAUGCAAACUCCCAGCCUGCCGCGAUUUCUUAUUCUUGGCUUUUCGAAAGCAAACCUAUCAAAACGACAUUUCUUGGUCUUCGAGCGAACAUUCGGGUUGGCAAUUUGAAUCUGAAGAUUAAUUACUAUUCAAUGUUCUUUUUUGUUUUAGUCCGGCGACCUUUCUCUUCAAGAUGUUCGAAAAACCGACAGCGGAUGGUAUACAUGCGAAGCAAAGAACAGCGGCGGCGAAACGACCAGUUCUACGGCUUAUCUCCAAGUGUUUUGUGAGUUACAGCCAUUCCUGCUUCCAAGGCCAGCAAAAAUGGCCUUCGGUAUAAUAAAAGUUGUAUGGGAGGAAUGGGAAAUCUAUCAAGGAAAAUAAGCGAUUCGCAGCAUUUCAAAAAUGAUCUAUCGGAUAGUGGUGGGCAAGAGAAUCUCAUCGAUCAAGUUUCUGCAGUCUCCCUCCCUUUCACCUCCCCCCGAUAUAGCAUCUUGCACUUGUGAGAAGUACGUCUACCGCGUCUAGCCCACCCAUAUAACACCCCCGUUUGAAACGUUUGACGUUUGACGUGACGCUGUCUGAUGAAAGAUUGAUAAGAUCUCCCUUCCUCUAACAAAGAACAAGAAAAAAGAGAAGAAAAAACCGGGGGAAGUUUCUUCAGACCCCCCAGAACCUUCGGCGACACAUCAACCGGUACAAACUGUUGGCUCGGGAAGAAAUGCCACUGUUUCCUGCGAUGUCAUCUCCAAUCCUGCUCCGACAUCAUACAUCUGGUCAAAAAACGGUCACUACAUGCCAACACAGUCUGGGGUACAAACAGUGAAUAGAUUGUCGAGAAGAAACUUCUCGGUUCAGAGUUCAAUCACAUUGAUCAAUGCCAAACCGGGCGACGGCGGAAUCUACGGGUGUCAGGCUGAUAACCUUGCCGGAAAAGGACCUGUAGUAGAGACUCAUCUCGUUGUCGCAGAGCCACCAGUAUUCACCGUCACUCCUCCCUCUGAAAUCAAGGCACGACUGGGAGAUGCCAUUUCUAUUCCGUGUCAAGGGUUUGGGGACCCGAUGCCGAUUAUCUACUGGAUUCGGAACAAGGUAGCCGUACAUGAUAAUUAAAUUAGAAUCUGAAUUUCAGAAGAGAAUUAACCAAUCUACGCUUAACUUCAAACAAAUCGAACAUUUGGAUCACGGCCUCUACGAAUGUGUGAUCGCGAAUUCUGUGGAGACCAUUUCUACUCGAACCAUGCUUUUAGUAGAAGUUAGUAUCCUCUUUUUCACAUUUAAAAUGAUUCGUAUACCCCCUCCCCCAAUUCAGAGUUCCAAACCACAAAUGACGACAGGAAUAAAGUUCACUUGCAUCAACAGCAACUCUGUGAAAGUUGUCUGGAAUCCAGGUAUGUCGUGGCCGCUAAAAUUCAAAAAUUGUUACACAUUUAGGGUACAAUGGCGGUUACGAUCAGACAUUUGCACUUCACGCACAAAACGAAGUCACUCAGCAGUGGACUACCAUCCGUACAUCUCGACAUGAAGUCGUCUUAGACCAUCUCGAACCAUUCGUUUCUUACCGAGUGACCAUUGAAAGUGCCAACUCGAAAGGCUCGACCAACUCAACCACCUACAAUAGAAGAAGUUGCACAACUCUACACUCUCCGGAGAAAAUGUACUUUUGCGGGUACAAUGAAAUAUGCUGGACGGCUGCAGAAGGAGCAUCUUCGUAUCGUAUUGAAAGUCGCACAGAACCCAGCAAAAACUUCCAACCAUUGGUGAGAAACGGCUGCGUAUUCAGAUAAAUAAGGGCUUUGUUGCAGGCGGAAGUGUUUGAAACAUACUAUCGGCUUGGUAAAGACAUCGAUGACAGAAAGACGACUGUAUUCCAAGUCAGGAGCAGUAGACCAGCAUGGCCGCCAAGUGAACCCAGUAACUCGCUCAGAUAUGGACCAGCAGGUACAGUUGUGCAUGUCAAUUCAAAUUCGAACUAGUUGAUUGCAGAUAACAUCGACUUCCCUAUAUUUAUGUUCGCCGGAGUAUUCGGUCUCUUUUUCCUCUUUCUGUGCGGGUUGUUUGUGUGGAAGUGCGUCAACAAAAAGAACAAGAAGAAGCGCCGAAAGAGCAGAAGCGCAUCAACCCCUUCAAAGUCAUAUCAAGAUUAUGGGCGAUUCACUUUCGGUGAGCUCUUGUUUUCUCUCUUUUUUCGUUCUCUCUCCCUUCUGCUUUUUGGUUUCGGUUUCAAAAUUUGUUUUCGCGAACUGAAUUUCUUGUUUUUCAGGCAGCGGCAGCAGCUCCAGUCAACCGGGUACGGAAACGUACUAUGAACCCUCAUUGAGAUUGUGAGUGAAUUUGGGACAUGCAGAAUUGUAAACAAAGCCGUGAUGAACGAUUGAGCGAGAGUUCUGCAGAAUAACAAUAACCAAUUCUUGGAAAACAGAGAGUGAGAAUAUCAAUUUACAGAUUGGACGAGGCAAAUGAGUGGAGAUUGCCGAGAGAUUCGGAGCCGGUUUCUGUACGAUACCCACCGGUAAUUGAAGAUCAUCCGGAGAAGCAUACACAACUAUAAUAAUUCAGUCACUGAACGAACUUGACUACGACAUCGGGGAAGAGAACCCAAUAGAUGACAUGUUCCGAGAUCGGUACAUUCUCGGAGUUCAGGAUCCGCCGGCCCAGCUUUAUCAGGACUUGAGGCUGGAAAGACUGCGACGGGAGUACAAGCAGUCGCAGAUUUGA